ACGAUAUUGGCACAUGUGUGUUCCAUGUUUUGGUGUAUGUUUAGCAUUUGGGGAGACAGACUGUAAAUCAGUAUCCAUUCUUACACUACAUCACUAUGUUGCGACAGCGAAUCAAGAGGUCACUUGAUGAGCAAGUGGAAAACACAGAAAGAGACGAUGCGAAGAAUAGAAAGACUGCGACUCGUCAACAAAAGUUUCUUACGCUUGGUUCUGACAACAAACAAGAAGAGGAGGAAAUGUUGGAGAAAUUAGUGUUUGGUGGGGAGCACCUUAUUAUUGAACAGUUUGAAAAAGAAAGCUCAAAGUCAAAAACGACCAAAGAGGAUAAUUCAGAAGAGCGCUCGCAAGGAAUUCUGGACAAAAAAAUUAAACCAGCGUGGAUUGAUGAGGAUGAUGAACAAGUAGUGAUAGACUUCACUCAAAGAAAACAUCAAUAUCUAAAAAAGCCAAAUGAUAGUGUUUUGACAGGUGAUAUUUUACAAGAAAGGCUCCGAUCCAAUUUUGAGAAAGCUGUCGGAAGAGCACCCUCAUGGGCCAAACUAAAAUCAGAAAGAGAAGAAGACUCUGAAGGUGCAAGUGAUGAUGAAGAUGAUGUUUUAAAGCACACUGGAGACUACCUCACUACAUCGGAUAAACUUACUAAAGAUAUAUUACAAAUUAAACGAUGCACACAUGCUAAUAAGCAAAAACCAACACAGGGUAAGAUAGAGAGUGUUGAAUUUCAUCCGGGAGCACAGGUUAUAUUGACGGCUGGCAGAGAUCAAACUCUUAACUUAUUUCAAGUUGAUGGAAGGACAAACCCCAAAAUACAGAGCGUUUUUGUCGAAGAUUUCCCGAUUCGAACUGCACAUUUUACAGCCGAUGGUGAACAGGUAGUGAUGUCGGCCAAUAUGCGAUGCUUCUACGUCUACGACAUGAUGGCUGGCAAGGUUAUCAGAAUACCAGACAUUAAAGGAAUCCAGGAACGAAAUUUGACAACAUUUAAAAUUUCCCCUGAUGGUAAAUACAUUGUAUUCCUAGGAUCCUAUGGCUAUAUGUAUGUUUUGUCAGCGAAGAACAAAGAAUGGAUUACCACUUUAAAAAUGAAUGGUAGUGUAGAUGCUAUAGCAUUCAACGAUGACGGAAGUAGAAUGUAUUCACACGGUGAUGAUGGAGAGGUUUAUAUAUGGGAUAUGAAUUCCAGAAGAUGCGUACACCGAUUCAUUGAUGAGGGGUGUAUUAAAGGCACAUCUUUGGCAGUUGCCAACCAUGAACAAUAUGUAGCGUGUGGAUCUGACAGCGGAGUGGUAAAUAUCUAUGAUGAUUCAUGCUUGACUCUCAAGUCUCCUAAACCAAUCAAGUCUGCGAUGAAUUUAGUCACGCGUGUCACCCAAAGCAAGUUUAACUCCACAAAUGAAAUUCUUGCAGUUUCAUCAAAUUUAACAAAAGAUGCAGUUAAAUUGAUUCAUUUUCCAUCCAUGUCGGCAUUCUCAAAUUUCCCAGAGUUCCAGGUUUCCAUUUACAAACCAACAUGUUUAGAUUUCUCACCUCGUAGUGGUUACCUAGCAAUUGGCAACAACAAAGGAGAUGCACUUUUAUAUCGGUUGAAACACUACAGUGAGUCAUAGAAGGAGACAUCACUUCCUGGUUGGCAGGGCAGUGUUUAUUUUUAACCAGCAGCGUGGUCGUAAUUUAAAUUACAAAGUUCAUAAAAAUAACUUCACAAGAGAAACUAAUUUGCUGGUAGAUACCUCCCCUCUAACCUCUCAAAACCAUACCACUCAGAAUUGUCUAAAACCUGAACAACUUCUUCACUAGUUAUUCACAAACUUUUCAUGAUUUAUGAUCUCUUGGUUGGCACAGUGCUUCCUUCUUUGCCUCCCCCAACAACUUAAACCUUCCAGUCAUCAAUUCAAAUGUGUUGAUGUCGGGAGGGGGAGGGGUCGUGAAUCAACUAGAUUCUAAAUUAGACAGGAAAACUAUUUUCUUCAUGAAACACAGACCACCAUUAAUGUGAGGACCACUUAAAAGAUUGUGCCUGAUAUCCAACACUAGCACCUAACCAUCAGACCAAGGUAUCAAAUUCUACCUUGUAUAUAUGCUUCGACUGCUAAAUCAUGACUGUUCCACUUUAUUAGAUGGCAUUUAAUAUUUGUUCUAAUACAUAAAUUCUCUGAUCUAUGUUGAAAUUCUCGGAUCUAUAGUACUCUACUAGAUACCACUCGCCUGCAUGUAAUCAUUCUUGCCAAUGUACGAUUUGUUUUAAUAGAGCAGUGUUCCGGUCUCUCAUGGCUUCUCUGACCUAUAGUACUUCACCAGUCACUGCAUGUCGUUAUUAUUGCCAAUGUAAGAUUAAUCUUGUAGUGUUUCAUUCUCCAACAGCUAGAUCCUGACAUAAUAAAUAUAACUUAAACAUUGGAAUGA